AUGAUGUCAGCUGACUUGAAGAGCGGUGGCUCGGCGCCUCCGCAGACCCGGGAGCCACCCUGGUUGACACCAGUCAACGGCCCGCCCGCCGACAAGAGGUCGCAGACAAAAAAAUCGAUAGGUCGACAACCUCUCGCCGCGCUUACGAGUCGUCAGCCGGGCGGCCGUCGCUUUGCUGUCGCCCGCCGCUUAACCGAUCCCGCACCAGAAACCCCUCGAGGCCUCAACGUUCGACUUAUUACAGAUACAAAUUCGCCAUUUUGA